UCGAUCGUCCUUGUCUAAUGUAAUUCAAUGGUGGACAAAACCUCCCGACGGAGGCCGCGUAAUUUGUAAAUAUUAUAUCAUAACUUCAAAAAAAAAAAUUUAAAAAAAAAUAAUCAUACAUAAUAUAUAUUACAUACGUGUGUAGUAUAUAUUAUAUAGGUGUACAGAUAUUUCGUGUUGUAUAAUUUUGUAAAGUUCCGUUCGUCCGUUCGUUUAGUGUGUGUGUGCGUGUAUGUGUGUGUGUGUGUGUGGUGUAAGCGAAUGCUGAGUGCCGGCUGUGCGUUCCAGAGCAGUGUAAACAAAUCAUCUCUUGGUUAUUGCUGAACGUUUGCCAUCGGUUCAAUUGGUUCUUCGUUCACCAUCGGCCAACUAUCGUUACAAAUUUCUUACAAUUUCAAAUGAAGUGGUUAGGCGCAGGGAAUGUACCUGUUUCCAGCACAAAUAAUACAGUGUUGAAUAACAGUGGUAAUCAUUUGCAGGAGCAUCAACAACAGUUAAAUGAAAAUGAACCAAGUGGAGAUAGUGUAUUACGACAAACAGUACAAGAAGAGCCAAUUGUCAAUUAUGUAUUUGAUUGUGCAUCAGGUGAAUCACAAGAAUAUGGAUUACAAUCUGCCCCAUUACCAUCCAAACUCCCACAGCCUAGAUGGCCAGCAACAUCUGAGGACUGUUUUUUAGAGCAAAUGCAGGAGAAAUGGAAAUAUUUCUCUGCGAAAAUGUCUCAACCUCCACCUCAGAUAUCUGAAGUACCAAAUGUACAAUAUCAGUUACAACCAAUAUUAGUUAAAUCUGGAGAAGGUGGUGCGGAACAGUAUGUUUAUGGAGCACCCCCAGGACUGCAUCCCUAUCAGCAACAUAUGGCAGAUUUAGCAAACUCGUCAAUGGCUCAUAAUUCAGCUCAUGCUAUUAUGUCAACACAACAACAACAUACUAUGGAUUUACACAUGAGAAAUGGAGAAAUUGCAUCCUCAACAAAAAAGUUAUGGGGAGUUGAAGAAGGCAAAGAAGAUGGACCUAAAGGCAUACUUAAUUUAAAUGAUCAUCAUCACCAAAUGUGGAGAGAUUCUACUUGGAGUUCUAAUACAAGGAGAGGGGCUGGUUUUCCAGUGGGUAAUGAUUCUGGCAAUAUAUUAUCCCCAAGAUCAUCAGAGGCUGGAAUUGGCAUGAAGAUGGUUGAAUAUGUUUUAGCCAGUACACCAAAUAAAAUGGAGCCCUUAGAGCCUAGAAUGAGAAAUUUAGUUAUUAGUUCUAAUGAUGGCGAAACUAUAAAGAAAGAUAAAGAAAAACCACCUGGUUCUCCCUAUGAUUCUGUAAAUAGUAAUAAAAAAGAAAUGGAAAAUGGAAAUUGUUCGACUGUUGUUCAACAAAAUGGAAUGGUAGUUGUUCAAAAUGGCUUAGAUGAAGAUAAAUAUAUCAACCGUCAAGCAUCACCAUGUGAAGAGGAAAUCAACAAAAAUGCAAUGAAUGCAGUUUCAAAUAAUCAAGUAGCUAAUGCUAAUUCCAAUAAUGUAGUGGUGAUUGACAGUUUGCAUGGUGCACUACACCAAGGACAACUAAUGAAUCAUCAUCACCAUGGUAUGACUAUGCCUUUACAUCAACAAUUCCAAGUACAAGGCGAUCCACAACAAUUGGAUCUCAAUUCAUACCAUGCCACCAAUGCUCAACAACAACAAGGCGCUAUUGACUCCCAGGGAAAUGUCAUGACUCCGUUUGAUAUACAGCAGCUGUUCCGCAACCAUCAAGCGCAGCAAGCAGCGGCGGCAGCCGCUGCGGCAGCAAACCCGGCCGCAGCGGCCGCGGUAGCGGCCCAACAACUACAACUCAUCCAACAACAGCAGCAGCAACAAUUCCACCUGCAGCAGCAGCAACAGCUAGCCGCGGCGGCCGCUGGACUGGCAGCCGCAGCGUCGGCACCGACUGCGGCGCCUGUCGCCGCUGCCGCGGCCGCGGCCACGUUUGCGCCACCAGGGACGACGGCCACAACGCCGUACAUCAUCAACCCACAAGAACCUUACAUGAUCGCCGGCUUUAUGGGCUCAGGUCCGACAGUGGUUCCGCAAUACUACGGCGUGCCGUGGGGCAUGUAUCCGGCGGGCAGCAUCAUACAGCCGGCCGGUGCCGCUGGUCAACCCGGCGCCGCGGCCAACGGCACCAACACGGCCCAGCAACAGCGCAGGCCAAUGAGCCCGUCACAGGGUGACGGCACCCAAUACCAGGUCAUACCGGCGUUCUACGACCAAAACGGAUCGCUGGUGAUGACCCGCAACGGCGGUCAACUCCGGCUCGUGUCGCCGGCAUCGGUCAUCGUCAACGCCCAACAAGGACUCCAACCACAGCCUCAGCAGGCGGUCGGUUCGGCAGCCAACAACUAUUCGACCAACUUGACCUCACUGACAUCCAGCCUUUCGUCGCUGGGGGUCAGCGCAGCAGGCGUACACGAUGUCAACGUCAGUCUUGGUCUUGGUUCCGGAAAUGCCGGUAGACGCGAUUCCUUUGACCGUAACACGUCCGCUUUUUCACCGUCCAUGGAUUACGCCCGUCAUAAGUGGCCGCAGUACAACACACUGGCGUCCCAAAGCCCUUUGGGUCUCGCCUCGGGAUCUCUAACUCCUCCACCAGCUAUGGGCUCCGCGUCCAAUUUACAAAUGGGCCUCAUGGGUUCGGCCAAUAACGCCAAUAGAGGUCUUAUGAACGCUGCACCGGGUGCAGAAGCCAUGUCCAAGUUUAGAGCUAGUGAUUACGCUAUGGGUGGUCUAGCGGCUAACGGAGCCAUGUUUAGCACAGCUGCAAAUCCGAACAAUACGAAUUCCUUGUUCAACAAAAUGGGUGGCGUUCGUGGCAGCGCUUCUUCGUUGGGUGGUUCCUCCAUAACGUUGGACUCAAAACCGUCCGGCCGUAGCAGGCUCCUGGAAGACUUCAGGAACAAUCGUUACCCCAGUCUUCAACUACGAGACCUCACCAAUCAUAUUGUCGAGUUUUCCCAAGAUCAACACGGCUCCAGAUUUAUACAACAAAAGUUGGAGAGAGCUUCCACGCCUGAGAAGCAGCUAGUGUUCUCCGAGAUAUUGGCGGCUGCGUACAGCUUAAUGACCGAUGUGUUUGGCAACUAUGUUAUUCAAAAGUUCUUCGAGUUUGGAACACCUGAACAGAAAUCUACAUUGGCACAGAAGGUACGUGGACAUGUAUUGCCAUUAGCGUUGCAAAUGUACGGGUGCAGGGUUAUCCAGAAAGCAUUGGAAAGCGUGGGUGGAGAACAACAAGUGGAAAUAGUACGUGAGCUAGACGGCCAUGUCUUAAAAUGUGUUAAAGACCAAAACGGUAAUCAUGUAGUCCAAAAGUGCAUAGAGUGCGUUGAUCCACAUGCUCUUCAAUUCAUCAUCAAUGCUUUCCAAGGACAAGUUUUAACAUUAUCAACACACCCAUACGGAUGCAGAGUCAUUCAGCGUAUACUGGAACAUUGUACAUCUGAACAGACAGCACCGAUACUCGACGAAAUGCAUCAACAUGUUGAACAAUUGAUACAAGACCAAUAUGGAAACUAUGUAAUUCAACAUGUAUUGGAACACGGUAAACAAGAGGACAAAUCUAAAUUAAUAUGCUCUGUUCGCGGAAAGGUGUUGACACUAUCCCAGCAUAAGUUUGCAUCAAAUGUUGUGGAGAAAUGUGUAACACAUGCUACACGCAGUGAACGUUCUAUGCUUAUAGAAGAGGUUUGCGGUUUCAAUGACAACGCUUUACAUGUAAUGAUGAAAGAUCAAUAUGCCAAUUAUGUAGUGCAAAAAAUGUUAGAUGUAUGCGAAUCUUCUCAACGUAAGGUGCUCAUGCACAAAAUCCGUCCUCAUUUUGCAUCACUGCGCAAGUACACAUAUGGCAAGCACAUUAUUUCCAAAUUGGAAAAGUACUUCAUGAAGAGCAACCAACAAUCAGUGCCUGUAUCUGAAUUGGGACCUAUUGGACCACCAACAAAUGGAGUGCUUUAAACAGUUCUAUAUUUUCUACUACAAUUUUUUUUUUUAUUAUUAUUGUAUCCCUUAAUUAGUAUUUUGAAUCCAAAUUAAGUUCUAAUUAUUUUUCUUUUAUUUUUAAAUUACUAUAUUAUUAUUACUCAAAGUUAGUGGGUUUAACUUAAUUUUCGUGCGUUAAAAAGAUUAGUAUCCAAAUUUAGUUAGCAAUACGUGGAUUUGGAUGGUUUUUUUAUUAUUAUUUGUUAGAAACAAAAAAAAAAAGUAAAUAAUUACUAAUUAGCUUAUUAGUGUGGGGCUUUAAUAUAUCUUAAUAUUAAUUACACUUUGAAUACAAUAUGGCAAAUACGACAAUUUUUUUUUAACAAGUUCUAAUAUAGUGACGUUUACAAGGUAUGUAUAUUGAAAAAAAUUAGCACCCCAUUUUUGUGACCUUAGUGAAUUUCUUAUACAGCGUUCAUGUAUAUUUUGCUUCCAAUCAUAUAUCAUAGUGUACAAAAAAAAACCGGGUCAUCUUUUUAAAUAAUUUUUUUUUUAACUUAACAAAUGAUUGUGUAUAAUAUUUUGUAUAUCAUUUUUUUUUUUUUUAUUAUUAUUAUAUAGUAUUUCAUUUAAUUUUUUAAACAGGGUUUAAAUUAGAUUUUGAUAGUGAAGUUUUGUUUGUUUUCUGUAAUAUAAAAUCAAGUUUCUUUUUCUAUAUAAAUAUUAUGCAUAUAUACCUAUAAAUCGAAAGUAAUUCAUUCCUGUAAUUUUUUUUUAUAAAUACGCUGUAUAAAGAAAUUAUAUAAUGUACACAUUUAAUCGCUACAAUGCUUGUUUUUUUUUUCUUGUUAUAUAUAUAUAUAUAUAUAAAUGUAUAAAAUUGCAUAUUUUUAAAUCUGUGAAAGCCAUUAUGUUUAUGUUGUAUAUGAAAAAUCUGUAAGCUAAAUCCUACCAGUUUUGGGUACACAAUUAUUUUUUAUUUUUAUUAUUAUUCUAUCCGUACUGAAAAAAAAUUGGUGAUAAAUGUGUAUAUAAAUUUAUGUUUUUAUAUAUAUACAAAAAUUAUCCUGUCAUUCGUAAUAACUAAUAAUUUUAUAUAAUUUUAUAAAACUCGAAACGUGUUUUUCAUAGACGCAUAAGUUAGACUACGAUGUUCCUGAUAAUAUGUACAUAAUGAAGAAAUGUGAACAUAAUCUUUUUUUCUCAAGUGAUAAAUUAUAAAAGUUUUCUUUUCUUUCCAAUUUAUGCAUUAAACAUAUAAACACACAAAUAACACUAUUAAGCUCCUUUAACAGGCUGGAAAAAUUAAACAUUUUAAAAUUAAUAUUAUAUUUUUAUGUUUUGGUUAAAUAUGUAUGAAACAUCUAAAAAAUAAAAAAAAAUUAAGACUGCUAAUUUUUAGUAUAAUGUGUAAUUAAUCUUUUUUUUUUAAUAUAAUGGACAUGUACCCAUCUAUGAACUUAUAAUUGCAAAUUUUGCUUCAACAAAUAACAAUAUUGUUUAUCAGAAAUUCAUUAUUAUUUAUUUCAACUUCUAUUGCAAGUUAAUUAAAAUAAAACUGUUGUCUUGGUUGUUGCCUUCAUCUAGAAACUUUCCAUUUUUAAAAGAUAUCGCAGUUUUAUACAUUUGCAUUUUUAUUUAUACUCGUUUAAUUAUACGCAAUCAUUAUUUUAAAAUAUAAAUUCCAUUAAUAACGGAUUAUACAAUUUUUGCAUUCAGAACUAUUAAUUUACACAUUUUUAUAUAUGUUAAUAUAUAAUAUUUCUAAAAAUUAACCACAUAUGUAAUUUAUAUUUGUAUUUCUUUUUUAACUACAUUAUACGCAUCCUUUAAUUAUUAGAACCAUGUACACCUCAUUAAUAUUUUAUUUUCAAUAAAUUGGGCUGUAUUUAUGUGUGAAAUACUAUCCCCUGCCCAUCAUUCAUGUCAUUAAAUUGAUCAGAUAGUUGUUUUUCAAGACACAUUUAGUGUAUGAUCUGCAUAAUAUAACAAAUGUCUCAUAAAAUUCUUAUUUAGUAACUAAUUCAUUGAUAUGAGCGUAAAGUGUAGGUACUGAUUUUUUCCACUUUAAAAAUUAAAAGUAUAAUGUUUCUUAUUAAUAUUUGGAAUAGCUGUUAAAAUAAAUAAUUAAUAGUAUUAAAUAUAAUAAUAAUGAUAUAAAUAAAUGAAAAAAUAUUCCCAUAUUCCUUUUAAUCCCCUCGUAAUCUAUUUACACUAGUUUAGUACUAAUAUAAUAAUAUUAUAAAUAUAUUUUGAUUUAUAUUUUUAGAUUUAUUUUUAAUUAUAAUUUUUUGUCUAUUAUCAUCUUAUUUUUUUCUAUAUAUGUGUAUAACUAAUAAAAUAAUAGUUAGAUUAUUGUAGCAAUGUUAAUGUGCGAUAUAUGCAUGGUGAACAUAUUAUUUUCAGUAUAAAUGAUUAAUGACAUAAACUUUUAAAGUUUUAAGUAGAAUACACGUAUAUAAAUAAAAUGAAAAACACAGCCUGUUUACUCUAUGACCAUACAACGGUUAGAAUUUUUAAUUUGUCUAUCUGUAUUUUAAUUUAUUAUUCCUAUGUAAAUUUGUAUGGGGUUAACUAUUAACAAUUUAAUAUUGGCAGUGUAAAGAAAACGUAUAAAAGUUAUAUAUUUCAUAGCAAGACUGAUGUGUAAAGGUUUAUUAAUAUUUCGACAGUGUAAGUAAAAUUGUUCAUUAUUAUUUCCAUUAUAUAAUAUUUAUAAAUAUAUGAAAAUAAUGUUAAAAAGUUAUUAAUUUUUAUUAGGUUUUUUAUUCUAAUUGACAUUUUGUUAGUUUUUUUUUUUGUUAUUUCUAAUGACUAUCAGUGUAUGAAUUUCUUUCACUAUGUGUGUAAACAAUUAUUAUUAUUAUUAUUAUUAUUUUUUUU